AUGCAUAGCAGUCAUGGAUACAGCACUUUGAUUGAACCGGAUGCCAGUGACACAUGCAUUACCUGCUCUCUCCUUUCCGUCAGUCUGCAGUGGUGGUAUCUUGGUAUUGCAUCGUUCUGUUGGAGAGUCAGGGAUCUACAGCAUUUGAGAGAAACUGUCCCUUGUGAAUUUUACAGCAAAGUCGGUAAUUUUAAGGACUGGAAUCUGACAUGGCACACAGAAAAUCCAGACUUCACCCCGUGCUUUCAGAACACAGUCCUGGUCUGGAUUCCUUGCUUUUACCUGUGGAUCUGCUUCCCAGUGUACUUGCUGUACCUUCGUUAUCAUGACAGGGGAUACAUACAAAUGUCAAACCUCAACAAAGCCAAAACAGCUAUGGGCUUAAUCCUGUGGAUAGUCUGCUGGGCAGACCUCUUCUACUCUUUCUGGGAAAGAAGUCAAAAUAUUUUUCUUGUUAGGCCUACAGUGUUGGGUGUGACAAUGUUGCUUGCCACAUUUUUAAUACAAUAUGAAAGAAUAAAAGGAGUCCAGUCUUCAGGUGUAAUGACGAUUUUCUGGUUCAUCUCAUUGUCAUGUGCCACAGUAGUUUUUAGAUCCAAAAUAAUACAUGUCUUAAAUCAGGGUCCUGAAGUGGAUGCAUUUCGUUACGUCACCUUCUGCAUCUACUUCAUCCUGUUACUUGUACAACUCAUCCUGUGUUGUUUUCCAGAGCGACCACCUUUGUUUUCUGAAACAGUAAAUGAUCCUAAUCCAUGUCCAGAGUUCAGUGCUUCUUUCCUCUCCAGAAUCACAUUCUGGUGGAUCACUGGGUUGAUGGUUCGGGGCUAUCGGAGACCUCUGGAAGCCAAGGAUUUGUGGUCAUUAAAUAAAGAGGACAAAUCUGAGGAGGUAGUGCCAGUUUUGGCUAGAAACUGGGCAAAAGAAUGGGCAAAAACCAAGAGGCAGCCAUUAAACAUGCUAUACUCUCCCAAAAAGCAGCAAAAAUCAAAUGAUUCAAAUGCUGAUGCGACAGAAGAGGCUGAAGCUUUGAUUAUAAAACCAUCUCAGAAGAGCUCUGAAGCAUCUUUAUUCAAGGUGUUAUAUGAAACCUUUGGACCAUAUUUUCUCAUGAGCUCCCUGUUCAAAGCUGCACAUGAUCUCUUGAUGUUUGCAGGCCCAGAAAUUCUGAAAUUGCUAAUCAACUUUGUAAAUAACAAAACUGCCCCAGCCUGGCAAGGCUACUUUUAUACAGGGCUGCUGUUUGUUUGUGCCUGUCUUCAGACACUGAUUCUUCACCAGUAUUUUCAUAUUUGCUUUGUAACUGGAAUGAGGCUUAAAACAGCUAUUGUUGGUGUAAUUUAUCGAAAGGCACUUGUUAUCACAAAUUCUGCUAGAAAGACUUCUACUGUGGGUGAGAUUGUGAAUCUGAUGUCUGUGGAUGCUCAGAGAUUCAUGGACUUGGCUACCUAUAUAAACAUGAUUUGGUCUGCACCUCUCCAGGUGGUAUUUGCUCUGUACUUACUGUGGCAGAAUUUAGGUCCUUCAGUGCUGGCAGGUGUGGCUGUCAUGAUCCUUCUGGUCCCCAUAAAUGCUGUGAUGGCAAUGAAGACAAAAACCUAUCAGGUGGCUCAAAUGAAGAGCAAAGACAACAGAAUUAAACUGAUGAAUGAAAUUCUCAAUGGGAUUAAAGUUCUGAAACUUUAUGCUUGGGAAUUAGCCUUCAGAGAGAAGGUAUUAGAGAUCAGACAGAAAGAACUCAAAGUCCUAAAAAAAUCUGCCUACCUUGCUGCGAUGGGAACCUUCACUUGGGUUUGUGCUCCUUUUUUGGUUGCCUUGUCCACCUUUGCUGUGUAUGUCACAACAGACAGGAGCAACAUCUUGGAUGCCCAGAAGGCGUUUGUUUCCCUGGCAUUAUUCAACAUACUCAGGUUUCCACUGAACAUGCUUCCUAUGGUUAUCAGCAGCAUCGUGGAGGCAAGUGUCUCCUUGAAGCGCCUUAGGGUGUUCUUGUCUCAUGAAGAGUUGGAUCCAGACAGCAUAAUCAGGGGUCCCAUCACAGAGGUUGAAGGAAGCAUUGUUGUAAAGAACGCAACAUUUAGCUGGUCCAGAAAUGAUCCUUUUUCACUGAACAGCAUUAAUUUCAGUGUUCCUGAAGGCUCCUUGGUAGCUGUUGUUGGUCAAGUUGGCUGUGGAAAGUCUUCACUGCUGUCUGCAUUACUGGGGGAGAUGGACAAAAAGGAAGGCUGCGUGAUUGUCAAGGGCUCAGUAGCCUACGUUCCUCAGCAAGCUUGGGUCCAAAAUGCAACCUUGGAAGAUAACAUUAUCUUUGGAAGGGAGAUGAAUGAGAGCAGGUACAAGCGUGUAAUUGAAGCUUGCGCAUUGCUGCCUGAUAUAGAGAUUCUUCCUACAGGAGACAAAACAGAAAUAGGAGAAAAGGGUGUGAAUUUGUCUGGAGGACAGAAGCAGCGAGUCAGUCUUGCUCGGGCAGUUUACUGCAAUGCAGAUGUCUAUUUAUUUGAUGAUCCUUUGUCAGCUGUUGACGCUCAUGUUGGGAAACAUAUUUUUGAAAAAGUUAUUGGGCCAAAAGGGAUCCUGAAAAAUAAAACACGGGUCUUGGUAACCCAUGCAAUCAACUAUCUGCCUCAGAUGGAUACAAUUCUGGUAAUGACUGAUGGAGAAAUUUCUGAGAUGGGCUCCUACCAGGAGCUGCUGAAGCAAGAUGGGGCCUUUGCCGAGUUUCUUCGUACAUAUGCUAAUGCUGAGCAGAGCGUGGAAGACAGCGAUCCAAAUAGUCCAUCUGGAAAGGAGGGAAAGCCUGUAGAAAACGGAGUCCUCGUGAAUGAAGCCCCUGGAAAGCUGAUGCGUAGGUGCGUAGCCACUUCUCCCCGCCUUCCAUCCUGUUACUCCAUCGUGGACAAGCA